ACUGCCAUGCUUCUAACAGAGCGUGUGAGUGAUGGUGGGAGGCAGGGGGGCCUCAUUCACAGGCAGCACAGCAUGGGAGUGGAAGGAGGUUUUGGACGACUCAGGAAAGUGAUUUUUGAGAUGGGUUUGGAAGUUUAGGUAGGGCUACACAGGGCAGGUUCUAUCUAGUGAGGCUGGAUGCCUGAAAGGGAUUGUCAAGUCACAGGGGCUUUGAACACAAAAGGGAGAUGCAAGACCCCGGGUUGGAGUCUGAAGCUAGGUUUUCCAGUUUCUCCUUGCUACUUAUGCCCCCUAGAGGCAGUCUAGGGUGCUGGGACACUCGCACAUGCCCAUCAUGUGGCUACCCUCAGAAGGAGGGGCUCCAGGGACAGUUAAAAGAUUCAGAGAAAGGCAUUCUUCCCCAGACCUCAGCCUACCCUGGCUUGGCGAGGCAAGGAACCGAGAAGUUGGAGGUGUCAAGUUUAGAAAUGUCUCUACCUGAGCCACUUGGGGAGAGACAUGGGGAACAGCAGAAAGCUAAGCUCCUUCACACUGGCAGUGAGACUCCGUGAGUAGAGCUCAGGGUCCUAGCCAGGAAGUGUCUAGACUGCCUAUGCCAUGCCUAGGCUGACCUGUCCAGGCAGACAGGGCACAUGUGUGAAGGAACAUCGGAGCAUGCCCGUAUGGAAAGAGGAAGGUCUGGGGAAUGUCAGAGACCCCUGACAACAACAUGAGCUGAGUCGGAAGCUGGAAGCUCAUACCACCUGGAGCUGCAGCCUCCACGGACUGCUUCCUACUUCCGGAACAAGACUAUGCCCACUCAGGGGCCCCCGAAGAGGCUUCUGGGUUCUCUCAACUCCACUUCCAUCACCACCUCUCACCUCGGACUGGCCACCAACCAGACAGGGUCUUGGUGCCUGCAUGUGUCUAUCCCAGAUGGCCUCUUCCUCAGCCUGGGGCUGGUGAGCCUGGUGGAGAACGUGUUGGUUGUGGUAGCCAUCACCAAAAACCGCAACCUGCACUCGCCCAUGUAUUACUUCAUCUGCUGUCUGGCCCUGUCUGACCUGAUGGUGAGUGUGAGCAUCGUGCUGGAGACCACUAUCAUCCUGCUGCUGGAGGCAGGCAUCCUGGUGGCCCGCGCGGCUCUGGUGCAGCAGCUGGACAAUGUCAUCGACGUGCUCAUCUGUGGCUCCAUGGUGUCCAGUCUCUGCUUCCUGGGUGUCAUCGCCAUAGACCGCUACAUCUCCAUCUUCUACGCGCUGCGUUACCACAGCAUUGUGACACUGUCCCGGGCACGAAGGGCCGUCGUGGGCAUCUGGGUGGUCAGCAUCGUCUCCAGCACCCUCUUCAUCACCUACUACAAACACACGGCCGUCCUGCUCUGCCUCGUCACUUUCUUCCUAGCCAUGCUGGCACUCAUGGCAAUUCUGUAUGUCCACAUGCUCUCUCGAGCGUGCCAGCAUGCUCAGGGCAUUGCCCGGCUCCACAAAAGGCGGCACUCCAUCCGACAAGGCUUCUGUCUGAAGGGCGCCGCCACCCUUACUAUCCUUCUGGGGAUUUUCUUCCUGUGCUGGGCCCCUUUCUUCCUGCACCUCUUGCUCAUCGUUCUCUGCCCUCAGCACCCCACCUGCAGCUGCAUCUUCAAGAACUUCAACCUCUUCCUCAUCCUCAUUAUCCUCAGCUCCAUCGUGGACCCCCUCAUCUACGCUUUUCGAAGCCAGGAGCUCCGCAUGACACUCAAGGAGGUGCUGCUGUGCUCGUGGUGAGCAGAGAAGUGGCUUUCGGUCUCACGGCCAGGACGCUGGGCAGAGGGUGACAGUGAUAUCCAGUGGCCCACAUCCUGUUGAGAUCACAGGUACUCAUCCCUUCCUGAUCUCCCUUUGUCUAAGGGUGGACUGGAUGAACUUUAAAAUAGAAACACAAUGUGCCCGGGGCCAGGAGAAAGGGUAGCUGUGACUGCAGGGUCACCCAGGGCGGCCAUGGGAAGUGGAGGAAACAGGGAUGGGGACUCUAUCCCUGGGCAAGGGUCAAACCAUAGGCUCCUGGAGAGCUUCACCUCUCCACACUGACAAGGCAACCCCUACUCAGCCCUUCGGGUCAUUCAGCUUGGGCCCUCUGCUGCUGGGACAGACAGGAAGUCUCUAAGUUAAAAGAAUAACAGACAAGAGCUGUGGUGGAACAUUCUUUCUGGAGGAGGCUUCUGAUAGGAAGAUUUGUGGCCACAAAAACCCAGCCAGAGCCAUGCUGUAGACUGCUUAAGGAAGUGAGGCCCCUCCUCAACACACGGAUCAGAAUUGUAAAAUGUGCAUCUUGAACAAGGGACCUGCCCAUUUGCCCAAGCGGUGUGGGACUGACUUAAAGACCCAUAGUACGGCUCAUGGGAAUCCAAAGAGGUGGGGACCCAGCUGCCCAAACCCACAGGCUACUGUUUCAAGUGCCUCCUCUGGCCUCAGGAGGGACUGUUGGCUUAUCACUGACCACAGCCUGUGGCUCUGAGCCAGGAUGCAGUUGAAAUGCUAAGGUUGGAUGGAGCCUCUUCACCAUCUUCCCUAGCUCUCUCCAGAAGUUGAAGUUUGGGUGGGAGGACAGGGAGAGGAGUCACGUUAGGGAGAGGUGAGUCUCAGAGGCCACAGUCCUAAAGGGCACCAAGUACCCCCCAAUCAGGCCCUCUUGGCUUCCUCUCUCUGACUACAAACUCCAGCUCAGAGCAAGCAGCUGUGGGUUCCCCUUGCCUCUACGGUGACAAGACUCUCUUUGUUCAGGCUCCUUCCAGUGCAUGCACACACAGUAGCAGGACCGCAGCAUCUCAGCCCCUGAUAUGACCCAUCCGUAACCUUGGCCAGAGCCUGUCCCUUUCCUGCCCCCAUUGUGUAGCACCUUCAUCCUACUUUGAGUUGCCCCGAGAAUCCCAGAGGUGGAGAGACCCUGAAGCACCUGUAGUGUGGACCA